UGCUCAGCAGCAAGCAGCGCCGCGAAAUGGCGGUGGCCCUCAACGCGUCCGAGCCUGGCGCCCGCGGCCGCGCAGUCGACGUCGAGAUCCAAGUUGGCGGCCUCUUCCCAAAGUUCGUGCGGCUGCCGGCGGUGGCGGAACAGCCAGCGCGCGCGAUCGGCGACUCGGUGCAGAUGGCGUGGCACGCCACGAUGCAGCUGUGCGUCGCGGCACACGAUGCAGCAGCUGUCCGUCGUCCUCCACUCGACCAACAGCAGCGAGUACAGGGACUCGCAGCAGUGGUGGGCGCUGCAGCAGGCCAAGGACGACGAGUCGCCCUUCGGAGCGCGCAAGGGGCGCGGGCUGCAGGUCAUCGUCGUCGCAGACCGGCUCGCGGGCGGCACGGCCGGCUCGCACUUCUUCGCCGGCGGCGUGGUCGCCUUCUACUCCGUCGUCGUCUUUGGCAUCGCGCGACUCCUCCGCUCGGUGCUCGGCGGCACGCGCUACCAGCUCGUGUACGACGAGAUGCCGCACACGCGCGACGUCUUUGACCUGUGCGAGGCGGUGGCCAUCGCGAGGCGGGAGGGCUCGCUGCUGCGCGAGGCGCAGCUCUACGAGACGAUCCUCGUCCUCUACCGCUCGCCCGAGACGCUGCUACAGCUGACAGGCCGGGAGCUCAAGAGAGACUGAGACUCUCCCAAAGUACGUGAUGUGCUAUUGUGUUUGUGAGCCUCGCCGCCUUGGCCAUUCCGCAUUCGGCCAAGAAGUCAAUUCUUUUCACAC